CCUUCACUAGGUAAAGAUCACCUUGAAGGAAAGCAUGGAUUUCCUAAAUUUUACUGAACAGAAUUAUACGUUGAAACAAAAUGAUACAUCAGAAGAACUUCCUACAUCCAAGGUUCUAGUUUCAAUUACGCUUUCUGUGCUGGCUGUAAUGACAACUGUCAUCAACUCUCUGGUGAUGACUGCAAUCAUUGUGACCCGGAAGCUUCAUCACCCUGCCAACUAUUUAAUCUGUUCCUUGGCUGUCACUGAUUUCCUGGUUGCCAUCUUGGUGAUGCCCUUCAGCAUUGUCUACAUUGUGAAGGAGACCUGGAUCAUGGGCCAGGUGAUGUGCGACAUUUGGCUCAGUGUUGACAUCACCUGCUGUACCUGUUCCAUCUUACAUCUGUCAGCAAUUGCUUUGGAUCGCUACCGAGCAAUCACAGAUGCUGUGGAAUAUGCCAGGAAACGGACACCUAAACAUGCUGGCAUCAUGAUUGCAAUUGUGUGGGUCAUUUCCAUCUUUAUCUCAAUGCCGCCACUCUUUUGGCGGCACCAGGCAGCCAGCAGGGAUGAUGAAUGCAUCAUUAAGCAUGACCACAUUGCUUUCACCAUUUAUUCCACAUUUGGGGCCUUUUACAUCCCACUGGCAUUGAUUCUGAUCCUUUAUUACAAAAUAUACAAGGCAGCCAAGACUUUCCAUAGAAGAAGUGUCAGCCGGGUUCUCAAAGAGGAAGUCAAUGGACAGGGUCUCUUGGAAGCAAGUGAAAAAAGCUGUAGGCUAACAUCAUCUACAUCAUGCACAAAAGAUGGUACAACCAACCCUUCAGCAGACUCUGAUAGAAUCCACAUCUCACUCCGAAGCCCCACCUCUGAGUCCAAGAAUGAGAAAGGCUGGAGGAGGCAACGGAUUUCUACCACAAGAGAGCGAAAGGCAGCAACUACCCUUGGCUUAAUUUUAGGAGCCUUUGUCAUCUGCUGGCUGCCCUUCUUUGUGAAGGAAGUGGUUGUUAACACCUGUGAAAGUUGUCAGAUUUCACCAGAAAUGUCUAAUUUUCUGGCAUGGUUGGGAUAUAUCAACUCUCUUGUUAACCCGUUGAUUUAUACAAUCUUCAAUGAAGACUUCAAGAAAGCUUUCCAGAAACUUAUCCGAUGCAGAAGCUAUCUCUGAAACAACUGUACUCCUUGGACACCUUGAAAACUGGUAUUUGAAAGAAAAGUUGUGUGAUAGAUAAUAGUUUUGCCAAUGGUGGAAUAUUAUCCAACUGUAGUGGAGAAUUUGCCAGAAUCCAUAGACAUCCAGGACAACCUAGAAGGUUUCAGGGACAUUGUAGGCUGCCCACAUAUCCCCAGCACUGACAUAAUAUGGUGAUCUAGUAUCACAGCAGUGUUGGGAGGGGAUCAAGUUCUGCACUGCCUAUAAUAUUCCUGAAGCCUUUAUUUUAUUUUCAAAGCAUGUAACCCUCUUUUGUUCUGAAUGGAACCUAAAGCAGUUUUUUAGAAGACUUUGCAGAACAAGUUUGAUAUAAUACAUUCUAAUGGAAGAACCUAGUCUCUAGAAUUUCAGAUUCUGUAGUGUAAGGCAGACAUUCAGAGGAAAUCUGGGCA